UUUCAGUUCUCUGUUGUCCAGCUUUUCUCUGUUACAUUGGUUGAAGUUCCAGAGAGGUGCAAAUAAGGAAGUGAUUAUUUUUAAGCAGCUAUGGAAAUGUCAGCGUCAUCUGGAGCAGGACAGAGACAUUUUGACAUCAUGGCGGUUCCUUCGGAGCUGAGCUUCAACGUGGACCACGGUUAUCUGGAGGCUCUGGUGCGAGGCAUGAAGGCCGGGUUGCUCACGGUGGACGACUACAAUAACCUGACGCAGUGUGACUCGCUGGACGACAUGAGGCUGCACCUCCAGACAACAGACUUCGGGAAGCUGUUCUCGGCCACAGAGGAGGACCUGACCGUGUGUCUGAUGGACACCAAGCUGAGGGAGAACCUCGUGACUGAGCUCCGCUGCCUACGCUCAAACUCGCUCCCUCCUCUCUCUCACUUCCUGGAUUACGUCGUCUACAGCUACAUGAUCGACAACGUGGUGAUGCUGGUUACCGGAGCCUUGAAAAAGAAGGCUGUUGAAGACCUGCUGCCACGAUGCCACCCACUGGGAGCCUUCGACCAAAUGGCCGCCGUGGGAAUUGCACUCACUCCCACAGAGCUUUACUCCAACGUCCUGGUGGACACGCCGCUGGCUCAGUUCUUCGAGGAGGCGCUGUCCGACUCCAACCUGGAUGAGAUGGAAGCGGAGAUCCUCAGAAAUAAACUCCUCAAGUCAUACCUGGAGUCUUUCCACCGCUUCUGCAGAAAAGCGGGUGGCGCCACUGAGGACACCAUGUGCCCCAUUUUGGAGUUUGAAGCUGACAGACGGGCCUUCAUCAUCACGAUCAACUCUUUUGAAACGGAUCUGAGCCCCGCUGAGAGGCAGUCUCUGUUUCCCACCUGUGGAAGACUUCACCCUGAAGGUCUGCUCUUGUUAGCCAAAGCAGAAGGUCCUGAGCAGGUGAAAGCUGUGGCUGACUGUUACCCAGAAUAUAAAAUGAUAUUUGAAGAGCCUGAGCCAGGAUCCGACGGCCAGACUCUGGAGAACAGAUUCUUUGAACAAGAGGUGAAGCUGAACUCCAUGACUUUCCUGCAGCAGUUUCACUUUGGGGUUUUCUACGCCUACGUCAAGCUAAAGGAGCAGGAAAUUCGGAACAUUGUGUGGAUCGCUGAGUGUGUCACCCAGAGGCAGAAGGCAAAGAUACACAAAUACAUUCCAACCCUCCAGUGAGUGUCAUGCUGCUGACUGACAGGUGUGUCAGUUCCAAUGAACACACGGACUCCCUGGCUUCCACUGGCUGCGUCUCUACCACAAACUCACAAAACCCCCAGGGUCAUUUAAUCCAUGAACCAGAUCAUCAAGCAAUUUUACCAAAAACAAUUGCAAGGCUGGCUGCUCAUUCAAGCCCAUUCAAUCCCAGCCUGCCUGCAAACUCUUCUUCACCUCUUAAUGGUUAACAGCUUUUUGACAUGCCAACACAGUGGAGAUGUUUUUGAACUCAUUCUCAGCUGAAGACACCUGGAUGGCAUUUUCGCACAGAACAAGGACACAGUGUGAAUCUCAUCACGGACAGCUUGGUUACGUUCCAGGAAUUGCGGAGACAAGACAAGAAGGCUCUGCUAGCAUCGAUGACAAAAAGCAGAUCCCCCCAAAAAAAUGAGACUCACGCCUGCUGCUACACAACAACCCAGCACGACGUUCCUCUCUCAUGCCACAAUGUCACACCUCCUGAAAGUCCAUUCAAUAUUUGGAUCUCGAAGUAUCAGUUACCUACCUCCAAAUAUUGGCCCACGCAAACUGAAACUUUUUGUUAUAGUACUCAAUACGCCAACAUUCUUAAAUCACCUUUGGCGGAAUGAGCCUGUCCAAAAGUGUUUUUCCCUUUCCAAUUUUGCUUAUCUGAGAGUAUAAAUCAGGUGCUUAAACAGUCUGACCAUGGAGCUGCCGGUGGUUGCUAACGUCAAGCUAGCUCGCGGAGGGAGAUGUCGCCCGGUUGAACGUCAUUCUUGCCGUUUGAUCUACCAACACUACCCGAAUUGGACAUGAAAACAAAAACACUGUCUUUUUUUCACAUCACUGUGAAAUAGCUCCCCGCGUAAAAGCCAAGGUUGAUUUACACCGAGUGAGUUUCAUUCUAGUAAAAUCGGCAUCUGGGAUCAAGGACAUGAGAAGUCCUGUGACGGGGCGCGUCGGCGCUGCCAGCAGUCGGCUCACAGAGGAGCAGCUGUUUGAAAUGGAAAGACGUAAAAGAGGAGCGUAUUCUGGCCUUUAAAUAACCACAUCAGCGCUGCUUUUAUCCUCUAAACAACGAUCACUAUCUUUGCGUUUGACUGCGUUACAUAACCGUUGGCUAUUCAAGGAGACACCUGGUUUCCCUUGAUGGUAUUCAGAAAAAAAUGCAAGGCCAUAGGAUGCCACAUUUGAGGAAAAGAAGCAGGAUGCAUCACACGAAACCACCAGCUAUUCACAGAUACUUCACUUGAGAUGAGACAUUUUCAGUAGUUACGGAUGGUACUUAUGGAAUGAGGCACCAACCGUGGAGGGAGAUUAACCCCAGAUGUUAAAUCCAGAGGUCAAUUCCCUGUAAAUAAAGUGUAAAAGUAAGGUGUAAACUCAAGGCACAGGGCCAAUCUGGACUCAUAUGAGGUUUAAAUACAUGCGUUAGGCUGAAGAAUCAGCAACAAACAGAGUUCAAUCUCAAAGGCUGUUUUUAGUUUUAGGGGGAAAAGUCUAAAUUUGAAAUGAAAUAACAGACAUAACAUUUAGGGCCUGUCCCAAGUCUCACCCUAACACUCCGCCUUACGUGUUCACGUGUGAGUGUAGUGUGUCCUAAUACUCCUGACACCAAGGGCACUCGCCAUCUCCAGCACUCGAUAUACAGUAUACAAAGCAAAGUCAUGACAUCACCCACUUGGACGUCGGAGGGCACUCAGAGCCAAGUGCUGGUGU